AUGUCUGAGGACGAUCAAAAUUCUAAGGAGAUUGUAACAUCAUAUGAUGAAAUAUUGGAGAUCACAGGACUGUUAGCUAUGCGUGAUAAUUCAAUGUCAUGUGUCACUGAAAAGAAAGAAACUCCUAGUUCAACGGAUAAUGUCAAUAAUGGUGAUGUUAGUAAUGAUGAUAUUGUAUUACCAAUACAAAGUUGUACACAAUUACCACUUAGUCCUAGUCUGGUAUCCUUAAUUGAAGAUGGUGGUCCUAAUUGUCGAACAAUUUCAAUUGCUAAAACCAAAAAUAAUAACGUCGGCUUUACAUUUACAGAAAUAAAACAGGGAUUAUUUGUUUCUCAUGUAGACGAAAGAUCUUCUGCAAAGUUGAAUAAAGUACGUUUUGGUGAUAAGAUUCAAUGCAUAAAUGAUACAGAAGUUACAUCUUAUACUCAAGCUAAACAACUUAUUGAAGAAACACAUCCAACUGUAAAUUUUUCUUUUAUCGACUGCCCUUAUAGAGAAGUUAAAACAAUUUAUAAAAUUCAUGGAAAAUGUGGUCUUUUCAUCAAUGAUGGUAUGAUUUUAGAUCGUACAAAAUAUUUCAGUGCAAAAAGUGAUAAAAUUCCAUUGAAUUAUUAUAUUACUGAAAUUGAUGGUCAUAGUACUGUUCGUUUAUUAGAUGAAAAAAUAGUUUUAUUAGUUGAACGUGCUAAUUCACCAUUCUCUCUUCAUAUUGUACCUCAAUGGUUUUAUGAAUAUCUUGUUUUUGGAUUAGAUCCAUCAGGAAAUGAACUCAAAAAAGGUGAUACGAUUACUGUUACCGGAUUGUUUGAAUCAGAAUUAAUGUUAUGGAAUUCAGAUACGGUUUUUUCCGGUCAACGUCGUUAUUAUUUCCAUGAAUUUGAUUCAACAACUAACUUGUGUUAA